GCACUCGUUACUCGCAAUUUUAGCCUAACCGUCGCAUUAUACUCGGUGACAUCUGCUCAUUUUUAAGUAAAAAUUAAAUUAAAAAUUCGAACGGACAGAGUACAAAAAAAAAAAAACAAAAAGCUACGAUAAGAAAUUAGCGAAAAAGGAGGCGUACAACGAGUGCCAAUUGCCGCUUCGAGCCUCGAAUGUCAGUUGGAUUUCGAAUCGACAGCGAUUUGACACGGUAGCAACAACAAUUUACUCUGCGCUAGCAAAAAAACAAUAACAACCACGGUAAACAGCCCAAAAGUCAGCGUAGAAGAACGAGUGCAUACACUUGGAAACGAGCAACAAUUCAGCGAGUGAAUAAUUCCGCCGGAUGACCGCGCGUCGCGCAGCUGUUUUAUAUUGCCUACGUUUGCUGUUGUAUUUGCUUGCAAAGCCAUACACAGCCGCUGCCAAAGCAGCACAGUCGAGCUUAGUGAGUGAGUAAUCGUCGCAACGGAAAAAAAUCUUUAGUGAAACCCCCACGCUGAGGUGUUAAAACGAUUUAAAUCCAGUAGAAAGAGCUUUUCCAAGUAGGUAAAUCAAGAAAUAAUUUAGUAGGAAGUCACAUCAAGCAUAUAAUAAAAUAUCGGAAAAAGAAUUGAAGUGUUGGACGAAAAAUUCGUCAGGAAUUACGGUAAGUGCCCUUCCGUUUGCAGUCAGCCAACGCUUAAGGAAUACUAUAAAAAAAAGCGAGAAAAAAACGCUCAACUACAUUGAAAAGUGCACACCACAGCCCCAAACGACAGAAGUAAAGCAUUCUCAGCCGAAAAGCCAGCCAUAGAAGCAAUAGCAAUAAGCUUAUUCGAAGUUGCACAGCCGCAGACGUGGACAAGUUCCAACUCCCACAAUGGAAUACAUUUCAGUUGGUCAGAGCGUCAAAAUUAAGCGCACAGAUGGCCGUGUGCACGCCGCAGUUGUGUCGAAAAUCAACGAGUCUGGUAAAUCGAUCACGGUGGAAUGGUACGAACGCAACGAAACAAAAGGCAAGGAAGUAGAAUUGGACGCCAUACUCGCAUUGAAUCCGGAAAUUCUACAAGAUCCCGAGCCGGAACAAAAUGCCGCACCCGAACCGAAGAAGCAAGCGACAGCACCCAUAAACCUGGCGCGCAACGCUACUCAAGGCGCCAUCGGUCAUCGCACCAAUCGUGCUACCAUCAACGCCACCAGUCUGCUCUCUUCGUCUGCUGUCUCGGAACACUCGGAGAACAUACCGCCGCCACCGACUACAGGUAUAGUGCGCUCGCGUACCACCAACAAUGCAACACGUCUAGCCUCUGCUGCUGGGAGUGGCAGCGCUGGGGGUGGUGGUAUUGCCAUGAGUACCAGUGCCGGCAAUUCAUCUUCGAUUGCGUCCAGCUCGGUGGCCGGCAAUGUGGGCGGACGUCGUUCCUAUGUGGUCAAAGAAGUCGAGCGACUGAAGGAGAAUCGAGAGAAGAGGCGUGCACGUCAAGCUGAAAUCAAAGAGGAAAAGAAUGCGCUCAUGAAUCAGGAUCCGGGAAAUCCCAAUUGGGAGACAGCGCAAAUGAUACGUGAAUACCAGAGCACUUUAGAAUUUAAUCCACUUGUCGACGGGCAAGUCUACGAGGAUCAUCAAAUAACAGUAUGCGUACGGAAGCGACCACUUAGCCGGAAAGAGGUUACACGUAAGGAGAUCGAUGUGAUUUCGGUGCCGCGCAAGGACACGCUCAUCGUGCAUGAGCCACGCAACAAAGUCGACCUAACAAAAUUCCUCGAAAAUCAUAAAUUCCGCUUUGAUUACGCAUUCGAUGAUCACUGCGACAAUGCCAUGGUCUACAAGUACACUGCUAAGCCCUUAGUGCAGACAAUUUUCGAUGGUGGCAUGGCGACAUGUUUCGCUUACGGCCAGACGGGCGCCGGAAAAACACACACCAUGGGCGGCGAAUUCAAUGGCAAAGUGCAGGACUGUAAGAAUGGCAUUUAUGCAAUGGCAGCACGUGACGUUUUCACUUUUUUGAAAAGUCCACGUUAUCGUGCGCUCAAUUUGGUUGUGUCCGCUAGCUUCUUUGAGAUCUACAGUGGAAAGGUCUUUGAUUUACUCUCUGACAAGCAAAAAUUGCGCGUACUCGAAGAUGGCAAGCAGCAAGUGCAAGUUGUGGGCUUGACUGAGAAGGUCGUCGAUAGUGUCGAAGAAGUGCUCAAACUCAUACAGCAUGGUAAUACGGCGCGCACCUCAGGUCAAACGUCGGCCAACUCUAAUUCAUCGCGUUCGCAUGCCGUUUUCCAGAUUGUUUUGCGCCCGCCGGGUUCAACAAAAAUACACGGCAAGUUCUCAUUCAUCGAUUUGGCUGGCAAUGAACGUGGUGCCGACACAUCUUCGGCCAAUCGACAGACACGUAUGGAAGGCGCUGAAAUUAACAAGUCACUGCUGGCGCUCAAAGAAUGUAUACGAGCGUUGGGUAAACAAUCGGCUCACUUGCCAUUCCGCGUAUCGAAAUUGACACAGGUUUUGCGUGACUCAUUUAUUGGUGAGAAGAGUAAGACGUGCAUGAUUGCGAUGAUAUCGCCAGGGUUGAGUUCAUGUGAACAUACAUUAAAUACGCUCCGCUAUGCGGAUCGUGUCAAGGAGCUGGUGGUUAAGGAUAUGCCGGAUAUGAUGCGAGAAGGUGAUGGAGAACAUGCCAUUAUGGAGGAGGACGAAGAUCAAAUGGUCGUACAGAAUAAUCGAUCACAUAAUCACAAUAUUAACAAUAACAAUAAUAACAACAAGAACAAUGGACAAAUGUCGGAGAACGAUUUGGCGUUAUUGCGAUCGCUAAGUGAACACGAUAUGUCCGAUGAGUUGCUCGUGCAACAUGCAGCUAUUUCCGAUUUGCAGCAACACGAAGAAAUGGUAGUGGAUCAGCAUCGUUUAGUCAAUGACUUUCUGUCACAGUUUUUGCCCGAAUCCCUACGGCUGUACGAUCUUACCAAUUAUGUUGAUUACGAUCAGGAUGCCUACUGUAAGCAAGGCGAAGCGCUUUUCACACAACUUGCCGAAUUAGCAACUAGUUGUAGAGACUUAAUGGCCGAUUUUCGGGCUAAAAUGGCCAAGGAAGAGAUGUUGUCGUGCACUGUUAAGCCCACAGGCGGUAAGCGCUAAGUGGUUGGCUACUAAAUAGAGAGCGAAAUGCACAUUAAAAGCAACUACAUUUAUAAUUAUAUGAAAAAUAAUACAUUUAAAAUCCAGAAAAGCGAUGUUAAUGCACAGCAUAGCAGUGUUGAA